AUGCCGGCAAACAUUAUCAAAAAGCUAUUUGGAAGCCAUAAAGGCUCAAGAUCGUCUUCAGUUUCAUCCUCCGAGUCUUCUUCUCAUUCAAGUCAACCGCAUCAAUCUAAUGACUUUGUUACCGAGCCUACGGCUGUUUCAACAUCAGAUAAAACAGAGGGUGCAAAUCAGGAACAAGUUAAAUUAACAGUUCCGUAUUCGCAAAAGAUGGUCAAAGGCAAUAGUGGAUCGAUAAACACAGUAAUUGGUUCAAUGGCUGGAUCACUUGCUAAUGUGUCUAUUAUUUCAACAGGGGAUGAGUCCUUUGUUUCUACAGCAGAAAGUACAUCGUCAGGAAGUUCAGUCUCAAAAUCUGUUCAUAGUGGAAUGAAGCUUCGUAGAUUUUUGGGUGGAAGGGCAAGGAGAAGAAGAAGAAUGGCUGUGAAGAAGAGAUUCGAGAGCAUCGGACAGAAGAUAGAAGAGCGUCAUACGGAAAGGAAAGAGAGUUUGAACAACGUUCUUGAAAGGUCACAAAAAAAUCGUCAGCAACGCAGAAGAGCUGUGCUUGAUGCACUGAAGAUUUCUGACGGUAAGGGGAAGCAAUCUGAAUCAGAAGAGAAGGAAUCCGAUGAUGAAGCAGAUGAAGUGAAGAACAAAAGAAGUGAACAGGAAAUAUUGGUUCAGCUCUCGUCAAAGUAUGGCGAAGUUUGUCAUGAGAAAGAUAAUGACAUGAAAGAGUUUGUUUUGGGACAAGGUGCAGGCGGGGCGGUUAUCCUAGUGAAACGAUCUACCGAUGGUCACAUGUUUGCUGUGAAGAAGUUCAAAAAGCAGAAUAUGAACGAGACAGCGUAUGACUAUAAGAAGAAACUAAAUCAUGAGUAUGAGAUUUCUGCCGCCUUGUUUCAUCCUAAUGUGAUUCAUACAUACGAUUUGCUCAAGUCUACCGAUGAGAAAUUUUUCGCCAUAGUUAUGGAUUACUGUCCGUACGACUUUUUUGCCCUGGUUAUGUCAGGCCUGCUUACAAGAAAAGAAACUUAUUGCUACUUCAAACAAAUUUUAAAGGGUGUGAGUUUUCUGCAUCACAAUGGAUUUGCUCAUCGUGAUUUAAAGUUGGAUAAUUGUGUCAUCACCAAGGAUGGAAUCUUGAAGCUUAUUGAUUAUGGCUCCGUAGCUAUUUUUGACCCGGUUUCAGUGAGAAAACUGCAAAGUAGGGCAAAACUUCUUGAAACUGCCACUAAUGAUGAAGAACUGCAUGAUAUUGCAGUUAAACAACAAAAAGAGGAGGAGAAUGGCACUGAAUCAGAAGCUUCAUAUUCAAUUAUUAAGGCGACCGGCGUUGCUGGUUCUGAUCCAUAUUUAGCACCGGAGUGUUUGAAGAUGGCUUCAUACGAUCCCCGUGCUGCAGAUAUAUGGUCUGUUGCGAUUAUAUAUUGUUGUAUCAUACUUCAUAGAUUUCCUUGGAAGCUUGCCAGGGGAUCUGAUAUUGCAUAUAGUGCAUUUAUUGCAGCCCCUUCAGAAAAAAUUGAUGCCAAGGGUAAAAAGCAUGUUUAUGGACCUAACAGGUUAUUAAGGGCUAUCCCUUCGAAGUCCCGUAAUGUUAUUAGAAAUAUGUUGGCUUUGGACCCCAAGAAGAGAUAUACCAUUGAUGACUGCUUAAAUGACAGCUUUGUGGACGAGACUUCUGAGUGCAGUGUUAUAUGGAAUGACGUGGAAAAGAAAUAUGUGGUUAAGUUGGGUGAAGGUCAUAAACAUCAUCUAAUUUCUCGUCGUGAAGUAGAAAAAACAUUAGAAGAAAAAAAGAAGCUGAAGAAAGAGAAAAAGUUGGAGGUUCCAAAAAAUGAUGAUUGUGCCAAAGAUGAAGAUACAAAGGAAAAACUUGAGGGAUCUAAGUUAAAACAGGAAGUUUCAAAAAGUAGUGAGGAGUCAAAGUAA